AUGGUCUCCCCAGAUCUAGCUGCAGCCCUGCAGUCGAUUGCGAACAGCCCUGCUGCGUCCAGAAACCACAAAUACACUGACCUUCUUGCCCGACUGACGAGCGAGCAUUCGACAUCGCCUGAGCAAUACGCUGCCGACUUGAAUGCCUACUUCGACUCGUUGCUCUCUUCUUCCCUUGGGAUUAUCUCUAUCCGCCCUCUCGUGGCUGGACUCAUCGACCGGCUCGCCACUGCUCCAUCUGAGGUCAAAAUCAAAGUUGGGUCACAUGUCACUGAAGCCUUGCAGCCUCAGUUGGCCUCGUACGAAGAGCAGGAUGCAAGAGUCAGAGAGAUACUAGCGGACGGAUAUGAGGCAGAAGAGGAAUACACCGCGGCUGCAAAAGCACUACAAGGUGUCCAUCUCGAAACCACUCAGCGUCAGGUUUCCGAGCGAGCCAAAGUCGAGAUAUGGAUUCGCAUCGUGCGAUAUUAUUUGGAGGAUGAUGACACAGUAUCGGCAGAAACGGCCUUGAACAAGAUCAAGAACUCCGCCGCUACGGCUCACGUCUUGAAGGACGCUCCUGACCUGAGACUACACUACCAGCUAUCCCAGGCUCGUAUCUUGGAUUCUCGACGAGACUUCCUCAAUGCCUCGGCCGAGUAUCUCAAUGUGUCUUUCAACACAAUGAUAGACGACGAAGAAAAACGACGAGCUCUGUCUGCAGCAAUUAAAACAGCUAUUCUUGCGCCCGCCGGACCCCAGAGAAGCCGGACUCUUGCCAAGUUGUACAAGGAUGAGCGGUCGCCAGAGACAGAGGAGUACGGCAUCCUCGAGAACAUGUUUUUAGAUCGUCUCUUGUCAGCGACUGAAGUGGAGGCAUUCGCAGCGACAUUGUCACCUCACCAACUUGCUAAGACCGCAGACGGGAGCACGGUUCUGAGCAGGGCUGUCGUUGAGCACAAUCUCCUUGCUACCAGCCGACUCUACAUCAACAUCACCACGGCAGCGCUUGCACAGUUACUCGGUCUCAAGGAUGGCAAGGAAGAGACUGCCGCUGAAAAAGCCGAAGACUAUGCCGCCAAAAUGAUGGAACAGGGUAGACUGAGGGGCGAAAUCGAUCAGAUAGCUGGCAUCAUCCAUUUUGAGUCAGUUCCUGGUGUUGCUCUGAGAGGUCCACUGCGUGAUCUCCGAGAAUGGGACCAGGGAGUGCAAGGUCUGGUCGAAGAUGUGGAGCGUUGCGCUGCAGGUAUCAGUGAGAGUUUCCCGGAUCUUGCAGCAGAACGUAUGGUACAUUGA